AAACAAUUUUUUGUUAAGGUUCUUGGAUUACAGCACACUAUGGGAAUCAAAUUGAUUUUGCUGAUGUCAGUUGUCAGUGGUGCCAUUGUUGUCAGGACUGCCCUUGAAGAACCUGGUCGUCUGCAAAGUCUAUUAAAUGACAGAGGUAAAAUAAAAUAAAAUAAAUGUGAUAAAUUGAUAAGUACCUGUUGACUGAAAUGUUAUCAUUUUAAGACCUUAGCCCCAGCGCCAAGGGAAGCUAUCAGAUGUGUACAGCUACAUAUACAAUACAUUUGUAAGUUUUAACUUCGAUUAAUACUCAAAACGCUGUUGAUGCUCCAUUCGAAGGUGUCUUUAGGAAAAACAUGAAAAAAUUACCGCCAAAAUGGAUUUCGUAUUCAGGACUGCGCUAGGAGACAACUAAAUGUCACAUCUAUAGAACUGACGUUUAGUUAUUUGAUAGCAUAUCCCUAUCACCGAUUGUUGCUUUCUGUAAGGAUAUAACGUGGGGUUAGUACGAGAAACUGAACAUGGGAUUCUUUUUAACCCUUUACACCCUAACAUCGGUAUACAAUUUCUCCAUACUGUUCUGUAUUCAUUUCCUAUGGUACCGACAAAGAGAAUUUGUUUAACAAUCAAGAGCCUCUUUAGUUAGUGGUCAUUUCUUUUAUUCUCAUGACCUCAAUAUUUGUUUUAGGGGUGAUACUGAAAGGAGAAAAUAGUUACUAAUCACUCUAAGGGGUUAAAGGGUUAAUGGAAUGUUUUACACAUGACGGAUUAAAGAAUUCAGAUAUUCACAAAGGGUUCCCGAAAUCAAUUCAUCACUACAUCAUCAUACAUGAUCUCAUUACUAAUUAUCUAACAAAUGUUCGCAUUAAGUAUAAGGAUGAAGUGUUAUAUUUUGAUAACAGGCGGAACUAACAAUGCGACCAAGAGAAGUGUGUUAAAUUUUGGUUGGAUGAUAUAUAAAGUUACUAGAAGAAAUCCCUUGGAUUUCAAUGGUUAUGGUUGCUGGUGUGGGUAUGGCGGGAAGGGAGACCCAGUGGAUGUUUUGGACAGGUGAGUAUGUAACCACUUACACAAAUAAUAUUUCGUUUACCAUCUUCGAAUUCGUGACGCUAAAUUUAACCCUUGGGAAUGUUUGUGACGAGCGGCUCAAGUAGUGAGAUCAAGAAGACUUUGAACCCGUUUAACGGUUAAUGUGAAGCUGCUUUUUGAAGGUUAGACGUUAAAAAUUUAUCGUUUUUGACGAUUAAAAGCUUAAAUGUUACGCCGUUUGAUGGUUCUCCGCGAACCCCAUUGGAACCCUCUGAACCCGGCACCUCCACGUAAGAAGUUCAACAUUGUAUAACUACUUCGUUACAGAUUACCAGCGAAGUUUUUAUGAGGUUUGAGAACCUGAUACCUAGGCGUAUCUGCGCGGUAAAACCUGGAAACAACUGUGAGCCAUGCCAAUUCAUCUCAGUUCUUCGUGUUCUUACUUUUCAUGUUCAACGUUUCUACCGAGCAUUUAGGACAUUGUACUCCUGGCCCCGGUUGUUUGAAGGAUGGAUAUCACGAUCCAUGGGAUAAUUCCCUAUUCGGUGGAUAGUGCAGUAUGUUUUGUCAAAACAAAUCCGCAGUAUAAUGAUUUAUACGUUAGAUAACACUAUCCGCCUUUUGAAUGACUAAGCCUUGGCUGUUUGUCCUCAGGUGUUGCUACGUCCAUGACAUGUGUUAUAACAAACUCCAGUCCGACGUGUGUCCAUUUAAGGCAGCCGUGUAUACUCUGUCAUAUUCAACUAGGAGAGGGAGACCUUUGGAUUGUAGUACGUUGCAAUCUUGAUGCAUUGGACAAUUCCUAGUGUUUUUAUUUUUUCCAUUAAACUUUAUCUAAUGGAUUUAUCUCAUGUGUUUCAUAUUAUUAUAGACAUAAUAUUAAGGUUUAAACAUGAGUGCUAGGUUCUGGAGACUGCGCGAUAACCAGCAGUAUCAUUGACGGUGAAUUAGCUUCUUUUCACUCCUUUCAUAUUUUGAGCCGGUGACACACUUAGCCAUUUCAUGCGUCAAUCAUGGCGAUCGGUGUAAAUCACCAAAUGCUUCGCCGGCUCAAGAGCAAUGUCUGGGGAACAUGACUUGAGGGCGAAACGAACCUGUGGGCGAAAUGACUUGUGGUCAAACCGACUCGCAGGCGAGAUGACUUGAAGGCGAAACGGACCUGUAAGCAAAAUAGCUUGUGGGCGAAGCGACCGGUAGGCGAGACGACUUGUCGGUGAAACCGACCAGUGGGCGAAGUCUUUUGCGGGAGAAUCGACCCGUAGGCGAGCUAGAUAACUUGCGCCAGGGUGGACCAAGCAAACUGGGCCUUUUGCUAUUGUGGAGAAUUAGAGAAACAGCAAUUUGAUGGCAACCAAAUUAAGCAUCUACCUUUUUUUUAUCUUAAGUCUCUUCGAAAGAAAAAUUUGUUCGUUUCCUUUGCUUGAUUACAAAUAAUAUAAAUAAUUAUUUUUCCACAGAACGGCCUUCCUCGUAUUGGUACUGGGGCAAGUGUCGUUAUUUGUUGUGCAGAUGUGAUGCCGUGGCGGUCAGAUGCUUUGCAAAGAGUCGUUAUAAUCGGAAGUAUAAAAACUACCCGCAGAAGAAAUGCUAGAAAGACACAAGUUGUGUACAGUUGGAAGAAAAACAUUUCAUUGUUCUAUGAUUGACAGAAAGAGCUUUAACACUUCAUCGUUGCUCUUCUAGAGCUGGUUCUAAUAAAAAUAAACGCCGAG